AUGAUGUCUGCAAGUGGCCAUGAUUUACGCGACGUCGACGAACACAAGAUGCCGACCGACCGCGAGAAUGAAAGGAGUCCUUACCAUCUUCAGGGCGACCCCAUGCGCUCACCGGGUUCCUUCUACUGCACGGCACAGCGCUCCGGUGUUUCGGAAAAAAACUCCGACAAGAAGAACCGAACCUCAGUGAUUGCGGGAGAUUUCAUCAAAGUAGAUACUCUGGCAUCGGAACCUGAUGUGCAGGCUCAAGCGUCUGCUACAUCAAAGCUGCGAGGAGCUGCGACGUGGGUUUUGUCGAACCACUGCAUCGGAAACCUUAUGGCUUGCGUCGUCGUAGUGGAUGCAAUGUGCACUUGGAUCGACAUUGAUGCUCGUGCAGCCGGCAUAUCGACACCGACAUUCGUCGAAGUCUUUACUGACACUGCUUUGGCCCUCUACAGCCUGGAAAUUUUGCUGCGCUUCGUAGGCAAAGGUCUGAGGGGCAUGGUCUCAGACUGGCUUGGAGUUCUCGAUAUUGUAGUAGUCGUGUGUGGCUAUGCCGAGAUCCUGUUGAAAGCAUUGGCUCCUGCUGACCUGGUGGCAAGGCUGAGUGUCAUGCGCGCACUACGCUUGGCACGUAUUGUCCGCUUGCUGCAGUUUUUCAGGAGGAUACGGUCCUUACGAGAGCUUCAGAAGUUGGUGACGAUGAUGGCGACAUGCCUUCGAACUUUAACUUGGUCGUUCCUACUCUGCUUCGUGAUCAUGACGAUAUGGGCCAUGCUGCUGGUGGAGAUAGUGUACCCCAUCGUACAGGAGAUGAUGAGAGAGGGUGAUGCGACAAUUCUGGACUGUGCAUACUGUCAGAUCUCGACGAGCUCUGUCAUGGAGGCGACCUUGCUGCUCUUCAAGACCGUCAUCGCCGGAGACAGCUGGGGAAGGCUCGCCGUCCCGAUCAUACAAAGGAGUCCAGGAACGGCCAUCAUUUUUGUCGGCUCACUUUUGUCCUUGGUCUUCGGCGUUUUGAACAUCAUCGUUGCUGUGGUUGUCGACACAUUCGCUGAAGCCAGACAGAAUGACAUCUUGAGCUUGGCGGAGGAAAUGGAACACGACAUUGAGAAGGAUCGGGAAUCCCUGCAGAAGCUGUUUGCCAGGAUUGACGGAGACGGCAGUGGCGAGCUCACACUCCAGGAGUUGAUUCAGGGCGCUCGUCGUGACCCAGUUUUCCAAAGCCGGUUGCGAGUAAUGGACAUCGAUGAGAAUGACUUGCAGCAGCUGUUCCGCAUGAUCGAUGUGGACGGAAGUGGCACCAUCGAAGUGGCAGAGUUCAUUGGCCCUUUGAGUCGUUGGGUUCAUGAUUCGAAGACAGCACCUAGAUUCAUUAAGUAUAACAUGCUGCAGACGAUGCAGAUGCAAGAAGACCUGUACAGCCUGUCGAAGACAUACUUUGGUCAUCUUUCAGAGAGAAUCGAUACAGUCGUGGCGAAGAUGAGCAUGCAACACGCAGAGCCCACCCUGUUGGUGCCCUUGGACCGUUCUGAAGAGCAGCAAAUUGAGCAGCCUGAGCAGCCGAAAGCCACCCAAAAGCUGGAAAUUCUCUGCCAGGAGCAUGUCUCCCCUAGCGCGCCCGAAGCGACUACAUCCGGAUUUCCCACCCACGAGAGUGAGCAGAAGGGUGAGAUGUGGCGGAAAGCCUUGGGCAAGGAUGGAGCCGAAGUCGGGGCCUUGCUUGAAGCUCUCAUCGUAAAGGUUGAAAGUGGGAUGAUCGAAAUGGAGAGCAGAUUGAAGCGAGCAAUGGCUGGCCUUCCACCCGAUGUUUGGAUCCACCUCCGCGGCGAAGACUUAGGCCACUCCGAUUACAAGUUCUCCAGCUCCCAGCGUGUUCACUUCGUUGCUGAGGCCGACGACAGUGUCGUGCCGAAGCUCAAGGAAGCGCUUGAAAGAAGGCUUCAUGAUAUCCACGACAACAUAAUCCAGACCCUGAAAGAGCGACUUGGAGAGAUGAGCGCGAGCCAGGGUGCUCGUGAAGAAUUUGCAGAGCGGCAUGUGGACAGGCAGUGUCGGUGUCCUGCUGCCAUCCAAGGAAGGGUGGUGGUCGAAGAGACCGAGAUCGGGGCCGGGAAUUUGAAGAUCCAUGGAUGCAGGCGGCGCAUCCUCCGCCGGCAGCCUGGUGGGGCCACCCGCCCCCUCACCCUGACCCUUGGGGCGCCCCACCUCCCUGGGGUCCACCGCCACCCGGAUGGUAGCCUAGCUGUUGACGUCUUUAGUCGGCCGAUUGGAGACUUCACAUGGCCGCCUCCCGGGACAAAAGGGCUCUUUGGGAGGAUCCAUUCCGAGGUGGGCAAACAGAACGAAGCCCUGGAGACUUUGCACCAUGCAAUCCUGCACAAGCGCUGGAAGAACCAGUGGUCUCCAACCCUGGAGAAGAUUAUUGAGCGCCACUUGCAGCUGUGCGUCGAGCUUCAGAAGAUGCGUUUUGCAAGAGAAGGUCUCCACCAAUACCGCGCGACAUGCCAAGCUGCGAACAUCCAAUCGCUGGAACAGGUCGUCCGAGUUUUCCGCAGGGCCGCAGAAGAGAAGGUGAACCAGGCCAAGAAGGAACAGGAUGUAAGGCUUGGUAAGGUGGCCGACUUGGAGGAAAUGGAUGCGCCCGAGACCAUCUUGCUCCAGGCCAUCCAAGCAGGCGACACACGCCAGCAGAGCCAGGACAAGGAUGUGCACACCCACUUCCGCUUCCUAUGGGAAACCUACAAGGUGAUCUUGGAUGUGCUGAAGUCCAACAGCCGACUUGAGGAGGUCUAUCAUGAGACUUCACGACAAGCUUUCGAGUUCUGCCGCGCAAACACACGGCCUCAGGAGUUCAAGCGCCUGUGCGAUAUUCUCAGGAAGAACUUCCAGGACCUUUCCAAGCGCACCGGUCCUACUGGACAGAAUCCGGUGCAACCCAACAACGUGGACACUAUCACGAAGACUCUGGAGACGCGUUGCCGUCAAAUGCAAGUUGCUACAGAGCUAGACCUUUGGCGUGAGGCUUACAACACCUCCUCAGAGAUCUGCGAUCUCAUGACGGCUCUUGGAAAGGUCAAUCAGCGACCGAAGCCACACCUUAGGUCCAUGUACUACGAGCAUCUCGGCCAAAUCUUCUGGAAGAGCGAGAACUACCUCUUCCAUGCCUUCGCUAGCCUGAAGAACGUCUUCUUCGUAAAGGAUGCCACGUCGGAUGAUGGUAGUGCCGCGGAAGGUUACGAGCCAGUGAGGCCGUUGAGGUUCGAUGCCCUGCAGCGGCAGCAGCCACCAAGGCGACCAGAGAUCGACAGCAGUUUAGAGGCCGAGCCUCCUCCGUUCGGCGAGAAGGGGGCUGAAGCGGGCAAGCAGACUGAAAAAGAGACUGCGGAUUGUCCUAUUUGUUGCGAAGAUCUGGGACGAUCGCCACAGGAGGUGGGGGCUUUGACCUACCAGGGCAAGAGGAUCGAGAGAGACCUGUACCACGUAGGCUGCUUCACCUUGAUGCUCAGCCACAAGGGGGCGUUUUCAGGGGAGCGGCUGAAGGACGGCUGCUUCGACAAUCUCAAGAUCGCCUGGGGACAAAGCCCGACUACGCGACAAGAAGUGGAUGGCUUCGUGAGUAUGCCCUCCAUGAGUGACCAGAAAGCCUUGAUCGCGUUUCUGGACUGGAAAGGCACAGGGCGCUUGGACGUUUCAGAGCUUGCCACCGUGGCAGCGGUGCAGCUGCCACUACACGCAAGGGCCAUGGACAAUUUCAUCCGCGAGAACUUUCAGGUGGAUGGAGAUGGCAAUAUUACGGUCGAAGAACUCGAACAGAAGGUUUUGCCCUACAUCGGGGAGCACUUCGAGUCCAUUACAAAUGCGAAAGAGGAGGAGAAGAAGAAAGCUGCCAAGCUUCGAUGUGAUUUCCUGCUGAUGCGACUGGACUCCGCGGUAGGGGGUACGAUUGUGGCUUCGUCGACGCAGUCGAAAUGGGUUCAAGCAGCUCUGGACGAGCUCUCACAGUGUGUCGCACAGGGCGACCCGAUUGCUGUCGCCGUGGUCUCUCGCCUGAUGACCCAUCCAGAGCCAGAGGCCUUCGAGUCGCUCUCGGCAGCUCUCGGGAACGAUUCGAGCCAAGUGCGCGAGCUGGUGGUGGAG